GACCACAUUUGGCCCAAAGGCAUGCAUGCUCCAGAAUCCAAACACUGUAAUGUGACGGUGAUUCAAGGAUUAUCUUUCUCAAAGCUGCUAAACAGGUUUUAAAGUAGUAAGGCCAGGCUGUCUUCAUUCUAAAAUAAAGGGUAGGAGGAAGAGCUCGAUGGAAGGAAGUGGAGCUGCAACCCACGAUUAUUUUCACAAUCGAUUAGUCAGUCAAUUAUUUUCACGAUUAAUCGAGUAAUAGUUUGGUCCAUAAAACCGAACUAUUAGUUCACUGCACACUAUGAUCGAAAAAUAGAAGCUGACAGAUUUAAUAUAUCAGAUCCUCCGACUGUCUUGACAUACUGGCACACGACAGCUGUCCACCAUAUUCAUUUUUUAAUGAAAAAAUCCUGUGAAGAGACGAGUUGCCUGCAUUUAAAAAAAAAGUGGGUAUGUUUAUUUCCUUAUGGUGACUGGGAUGCAACAUUAAGAAAGUCAAAUAGUUCCUGUUGUAGUCCUGGAAUUCAUGACAUCGUUUUACUUCCCCUUCCUGCAUUUUCCCAUCCUUGAUAAUGUUGUCCAUAAAAUGACAUGAAUGGUUACUCCCUUUUGUGGCUUCACAUAACAUUCAGCUUAUUCACUUAUUAGAGUGUAACGGAGAGAUACCAAACUUUAGGUGCAUUUAAAGCAAAUGAAGAGUCUCUCCUUUUUACACAUUAUAUAUGCUAGAAAAUAGUGGAGUAAAGAAUUAUGAAGUAAAGACUAAAAACUGGAAAUAGCUCUUUUUGAAACGUUGAAAUGAUAAAAUAUGAUAACAUAACAUUAAUGCGCCGAUCAGCAGUUUACUGUUCACUCAUGAGUAACUGCAUCUGCUCCAACACUUGGGUGCCUUGGGUUUGAGAGCUCGAGUCUUGAGUCUGGUCCGCCCCCUUAUGAAACCUCAUUUUUUAAACACCUAGUAAUAUUUUUAAUCAUUCAAAGUUGACAUGGUGGUUAGUAUCACAUUUCCCUGUGAGGUGACAAAGUCAGAAGAGGUAUUUUUCAUCUAUAUUUUGGAACAAAACGUAGCUCACUGAGCUACAAUACCUUUCAUUACAAUGGAUAUGCCGGUUUUAGAAACAGGUGUGUCACUGUGUUUGUUCAGAGAAGUCACACUUGUCCUGUCCAAUGACGAAAGUUGUUUUGUGGAGUGGGCGUGUUCAGCUCAGUGGAGUGGGUGGGGGCUGAGAUGAAGUCACCUUAAGUCGAGUGAGAGCUUUUAUUCAGCAGCAGCAGUCUUCACCAGGAAGGUUUAUGUCAAGUCUUGACUGGAACAGAUGCAGCCACAGUGACUCCAGCUGGAGGGGAUGUUACUGUAGCUGACACUGGAGGCUGACGACGCUCUGCUCUGCCUCUGCUUCUGCCUCUGCCUCUGUCUGCCUGUCACACAGCUGCCUGCUCACUCUCCACUUGAAUGUAAGAAGCCAUCGUACUCUGUUGCUGCAGCUGCUCUACUGUGUUUGAGAAAUUUCUUAGAGGUAGAAUGAACAGAGCGUCGUUCUCCAGCUGAGUUGACCUGAGGCAGCCUCCCUUGUACAUGUACACAGUCAUGAAGUUCAACCAGAGCCAAUUGCAGGACGACAACAAAGUGUGGAAAUGGCACUUUCAGGACCCCGCUAGUCAGAGACUGACGUGGAACAAGCCACCAAAAAGUGUCCUUGUCAUCAAGAAGAUCCGAGAUGCCAGCCUGUUUCAGCCUUUCAAAGAGCUCUGCAUAUUUCUCUCAGAGGUGAAAAACAUGAUUGUUUAUGUAGAAAAGAAAAUUCUAGAAGACCCAGCCAUAUCAGCAGAUGAAAACUUUGGAGCCAUUACCAAGAAAUUCUGCACUUUCAGAGAAGAUCUUGAUGACAUCUCAAAUCUUGUCGACUUCAUCAUCUGUCUUGGUGGAGAUGGAACGUUGCUGUAUGCAUCUUCCCUCUUUCAGGAGAGUGUUCCACCAGUUAUGGCCUUCCACUUGGGCUCCCUAGGCUUCCUGACUCCUUUUAAAUUUGACACCUACCAGUCUCAGGUUACCCAAAUUAUUGAAGGGAAUGCUGCCAUUGUCCUGCGAAGUCGCUUGAAAGUCCGAGUGCUUAAAGAGAACCGGGAGAAGAAAGACAGACUAGUGGACGAAGAGGGUAUCAUCCUGACCAAUGGGGACAAUGAAAGCAACCAAAAGGCGAUGCAGUAUCAGGUUCUAAAUGAGGUGGUGGUGGACAGAGGACCCUCCUCUUAUCUCUCCAAUGUUGACCUCUUCCUGGAUGGACACCUCAUAACCACAGUGCAGGGAGAUGGUGUGAUAGUGUCAACACCUACAGGAAGUACAGCGUACGCUGUCGCAGCUGGAGCGUCCAUGAUUCAUCCCAACGUCCCCGCCAUCAUGAUCACCCCCAUCUGCCCUCACUCUCUCUCCUUCAGACCCAUUGUGGUGCCGGCUGGUGUGGAGCUGAAGAUAAUGCUGUCACGUGACGCCAGAAACACGGCCUGGGUGUCGUUUGAUGGACGCAAGAGACAAGAGAUCUGCCACGGUGACAGCAUUACCAUCACCACUUCCUGCUUCCCCGUUCCUUCUAUCUGUUUCCGGGACCCGGUCAACGACUGGUUCGAGAGCCUGGCCCAGUGUUUGCACUGGAACGUGAGGAAAAAGCAGAACUACCUCAGCUCAGAGGACGAGGAGUACUGAGACCUGUUCCAUCAUGUCUUCGUGACUCCAUAGUCUUGGUUUUAACUUGACCACACUCUGUGCCGUUUUGUAACAAAAAAAAAAAACCCAAACAUUAUCCUUCAUAUGUAUUUAAAGAAGACCGUCGAAUAUUACAGUAAAUUACUGCCUUUUAUGUUGUACUUUGGCAGAAAAACUAUGAAAACCUUUAGUGAAAUCACUAAAAUUUAAAUCAUUACUAUUAUAACAGUUUAAUUUCAUGUUUAUAGUGGUAUAUUAAGUUUUACAAAUAUUAACCGGUUCACUAACUUCGUUGUGUAUUCAGAGUUAAUGUUGCCACAAAUAUUCCUCUCAACUGCCCGUUUUAGCCAAAUGAAGUUAAAAGCAGAGAGGUCGGUCUUUAAAAUGCUAAUAAUGCAGAAAUAAUCAUUUAAAAAAUCUCAAAAUAUACCAUCAUUAAUUUAUUUAUGUAAUUAAAUUACUGGACAUUCCACAGUUUACAAUUCUGAAUACUCAGUAUCAACAUACAGUAAAGUGUAUGUAUGGAAAAUUCAGCAUAAACACAGAGUCUGUAAAUAUCCUCCUCAUUAGCAACCAUUAAUAUAUAAACUAAUUCAAAAUAGUGGAGUUUGGCAGUAAUAUUGCUCUGGGGAUGUCUCAGUUUUCUGAGUCUAUGCUGUGAAAAACUGCACGUUGCAAUGCAGUUUUUCAAAAACAAAAUGCAGUUGUCUGACUCAAAAAUAAAUGCAACAGUUAGGACGAUCUUAGACUAAAACGCGUUU